GUUUGGUUUCACUGACAGAUGAAGAAGGUCGAUAUUCACGAGAAGGUGAUGAAAGGGACAAACUUUUUAUGAUAGUAAUUACAUUCUCACCUUUCAUGAUUUCAUUGAUGGGAAUCACAGAAAACAAGGUGGUGGGUCGGAACCAAACAUAAAAUUCUGUAAGUGUCAUCUUCCAAGUUCGAACCUUUCUGCCUGUGGAACUUUAUAUAAUCCUACCCAACACUCAGUGUUGUGAUAAUCAUUUUCAAAAAGAAUGGUGAAGUUGGUUGUGAAAGCUGGGAGCAGACCUCCAUGGGUGGGUCUUGCAUCUGCAGUUUGGAUUCAAAUAGCAGUUGGAAAUCCAUUCAACUUUCCUCUCUAUUCUUCUGCCCUCAAAUCUGUUUUGUCUCUCAACCAGCAACAGAUCACUAUUCUCGGAGUGGCCAAUGAUGUUGGGGAGAGCAUGGCUCUGCUUCCAGGCAUUGCCUCCAACAAAUUCCCUCCUUGGGCUUUUCUUCUCCUUGGUUCUCUCCUUUGUUUCUUUGGUUAUGGCCUUAUCUUCCUUACUGUUACACAAACUGUUUCCCAACUCCCUUAUAUCCUGAUAUGCCUUGCCCUAUGUGUUGCCGCUAACAGCAGUGCAUGGUUUGGAACAGCUGUGUUUGUCACCAACAUGAGAAACUUUCCUCUCAGUAGAGGCACCAUCUCUGGCAUUCUUAAUGGUUAUGGAGGAAUUAGUGCUGAAGUAUACACCUUAAUAUAUAGCUUGGUGCUGAAAGGGUCUGCUUCUAAAUUGCUUUUGUUCCUUACUGUUGGACUUCCUGCUGUAUGUUUAUUGAUGAUGUUCUUCAUUCGGCCUUGCACUCCUUCUGGUGAAGACUCUUCAGUGCAUGUGCAUUUUAUUUUUGUCCAAGCUGCAAGUGUUUUGCUUGCCUCCUAUCUUGUUGUCACCACAAUUGUGAGUGACGUGGUCUCUAUAAAUGAUGCUGUAACCUACUUCUUGGUUGCAAUAAUGGUUUUACUUCUGAUAGCUCCCCUUGCAAUUCCUAUCAAAAUGACACUAUUUCCUUCUAAUUCCAAGUGCAACGUUUCACUGGUUGGUUCUUCAGAUAAUUUGGCAUCGGAGAGUGACAUUUCAACGCAGACAAGUCCAUUGCUAACACCAUCUUCCUCAGCUGCUAUUCUUGAAAGUUUUCAUGAAAGGGGUGAUGUCUCGGAUGUUGAGAUGCUCAUUGCAGAAGGACAGGGAGCAGUGAUGCAGAAAAGGAGACCUAAGAGGGGAGAUGAUUUCAAGUUCUGUGAAGCUUUCAUCAAAGCAGACUUCUGGCUUUGCUGGUUUGCUUAUUUUCUUGGGGCCGGCUCAGGAGUAACGGUUCUCAAUAAUUUGGCUCAAAUUGGAGUUGCCUUAGGUGUAGAAGAUACAACCAUAUUAUUGUCAGUCUUCAGCUUCUGCAUAUUUAUUGGCCGCCUUGGCGCUGGUGUUAUUUCUGAAUACUUUGUCAGGUUGAUAGCACUACCUCGAACAUUUUGGAUGGCAUGUGCACAAAUAAUCAUGAUCAUAGCAUUUUUAUUUUAUGCUUCUGCUCUGAACGGCACUCUUUAUGCUGCAACUGCUCUACUUGGUAUCUGCUACGGGGUUCAAUGUUCUAUAAUGGCUCCAACCGUCUCAGAGAUUUUUGGUCUGAAACACUUUGGUGUUAUUAGUAGCUUCAUGAUGCUAGGCAAUCCAAUUGGUGCCCUUAUUUUCUCUGUUUUUCUUGCGGGCAACGUGUACGAUACAGAAGCUGCAAAGCAAGGAAACUCCACCUGCUAUGGUGCAGAUUGCUUCAGGUUGACUUUUCUGGUUUUGGCUGGUGUCUGUGGACUUGGUACCAUCUUGAGUAUUAUUUUGACAAUUAGAAUGCGACCAGUAUAUAAAAUGUUGUAUGCUGGAGGUUCAUUUCGUCUAUCUCAGAAUUCAGGUCACUGAGGGUGGACACAAUAUUAUCUGCCUAGUAAU